CUGGGCUCGGCUCGGCUCUGCCCUGCAGGCGGGGGGAGCAUCACUUCGCCGGGAGCCGAGGAGGAGAAGGAGGAGACGGGGCGGGCUCAGCGGCGGCGAGGAAGGCAGGGACGCAGCGCAGCCCAGCCCGGCUCCGCUCCGCGCGUGCCGGGCUCGCCCGCGGAGUUUUCCCCCUUGCCGAGUGCCCGGAGGCCGGAAAGGAGGAGAGAGGCUCGUCCAGGUUGCUGCCGCUCCGCACGAGGAGGUCCCUGCGCCGGCCCGGGCUGCGCGGCUGAGCGCUGGACUUGCGCGGCGGCGGAGACGCUCCGCUCAGCUGCUGCACACUGGGUCGACAUUUUCAUCGUGCUGUCCACUACAACCCCGAGGUCCCUUUCCUGUGGUCCCUGUAACCAGCCCCGGUUAGCACUCUGGCUGCAGCUCUUUGUACCAAUUUAAGUUUCCGAACCUUGUAGGUAAAGUCUCAGAUUAGGUUCUGGAUGGGGAAGGACUCCUCUGGACAUGUGAUAUUGGAGUGGAAAGCCAGCUGAGAUAAUGACUGCAACUUCUGCUUUGGUGACAGAAGGCAUUUUCUCCUUUCUGUGGGCCCAAACUGGAUUGUUUUGAGGACAUCCAUGAUGAAGCUGACCUGCAUGUUCUCCUUCAUCCUGCUGUUUGGAGCAGCUGGGCUUGUGGUCUUUAUCCACCUGCAGGAUCCAGAAGAAAUUGUUCAUCAACAAACACCAGGACUGAGAUGUAACAUGGGAUCACAGCAAUCCAAACAUGACUGCACAUCGAGCAACAAUCAGGAUGGAAAAAUACUCUUGUAUGCUGCUGAUGAAUUCCCAGUUGUAAACCAGAGGCCUUCAUUACACUCAAUGCAGAAUGGACCUGUGCAGGAACAAGACACAAGCAGAAAGCAGAACAUAGUAGUUGUGAUUAAAGACCAUUCAAAAAAAAAUGCAGAAGCUAAUUCUGCCAGGACUCAUAAACGGAAGAGGAAAUUUGUCAUAAAAAAGAACCCCAUCCUGAUUGCUGUAAAUGGGUCCUUUCACAACUUGCCCAUGCUGAAAUCAGAGUACAGAAAUGACAUCAAGUGGAAAAGCCUGUAUCAGACACAAAGAGAGAGAAAGAGAAUCAUGAGAGAUACUUGUUUGAAAUAUAAGAGCGACAACAAAAGGAUCAUUACACCUUAUCAUGUUUCCAGGAUAUUUGUUGAAGAUAAGUACCGAAUUUUAUACUGUGAAGUUCCCAAAGCAGGUUGUUCCAAUUGGAAAAGAGUGCUGAUGGUUCUUAAUGGUCUGGCUUCCUCAACCAAGGUUAUACAACACAACACCGUGCAUUAUGGGAAUUAUCUGAAAAGGUUGGAUGGGUUUGAUCGUAAAGGAAUCAACCACAGGCUCAGUACUUACACUAAGAUGCUCUUUGUUCGCGAACCUUUUGAAAAAUUGGUCUCAGCAUUUCGAGACAAGUUUGAGCAUCCCAACAAUUACUACCACCCAGUUUUUGGGAGACCCAUUAUUUCAAGAUACCGUGUUAAUGCCACGAAGGAGGCAUUGAGGACCGGUUCCGGGGUAAAGUUUAAAGAGUUCAUUCAAUAUCUCCUUGAUGUACACCGGCCUGUGGGCAUGGACAUCCACUGGGACCAUGUCAACAAGCUCUGUAGCCCAUGCUUAAUAGACUAUGAUUUUAUUGGUAAAUUUGAAACCAUGCAGGAGGAUGCCAACUUUUUCCUGCAUUUAAUAAAUGCACCACAAAAUUUGACUUUUCCAAGGUUUAAAGACAGACAUUCUGAUGAAGAGCGAACAACCACUCAAAUUACACAGCAAUAUUUUACACAACUAUCUCCUUCUCAAAGGCAACGUAGUUACGAUUUCUAUUAUAUGGACUAUCUGAUGUUUAACUACUCAAAGCCUUUUGAAGACCUGUAUUAACAGCAAGAGGCUUUGGGCACAAUCUUUGUGAACUUCCUCAUAUGCAAAUCUGUGUAAAAUACUGUAACCCAAAUACUGCACCCAUUCACAAAUAAACCAAGGGCAUAUCUACCCAACAAGCUUAAAUGGGUUAUGUAGAGAACCUGGAAAGUGUCAAUUGGGGUGUGGGGAAAGUUGACAGCACAGUCACCAAACUUCAAUUCCCAGGAUUU